CCUGACUUGCGCCGGCCGGGGAAAUUUUCAGGCAAACCAAUGGCGUCAAGAAAGAGCGGUUUCUAUCAUUGCAGGUCGCUCUUUCAACUCUUCGUCUUGGUUGGGGUUGCCUCCAUCCUUCUUCCUGCAGAAGCCGCCGUGAAAAAGUAUCAGUUCGAUGUUCAAGUGAAGAAUGUGAGCAGAUUAUGCCAUGCAAAACCCAUUGUUACAGUAAAUGGGAUGUUCCCAGGACCUACCAUUUAUGCCAGGGAGGGCGAUCGAGUUCACGUCAAUGUCACCAACUAUGCCCAAUAUAAUAUGUCUAUUCAUUGGCAUGGAUUGAAACAAUUCCGGAAUGGCUGGGCGGAUGGACCAGCUUAUAUAACACAGUGUCCCAUCCAAACUGGACAAAGCUACGUUUAUGAUUUCAAUGUAACUGGACAAAGAGGAACUCUGUGGUGGCAUGCACAUAUCCUUUGGUUAAGGGCGACAGUUUAUGGUGCGAUUGUCAUCAUGCCAAAGGAAGGAACCCCGUUUCCAUUCCCACAGCCUUAUAGUGAAGUUAAUUUACUCUUAGGAGAAUGGUGGAACACCGACGUUGAAGAGGCAGUUAAACAAGGCAACAAGCUUGGCUUGCCGCCGGUAGCAUCAGAAGCGCAUACUAUCAAUGGGAAGCCGGGGCCACUUUUCCCAUGCUCGGAGAAGCAUACAUUCGCAAUGGAGGUUGAGCAGGGAAAGAGCUACCUACUGAGAAUCAUCAAUUCUGCACUCAAUGACGAACUUUUCUUUGGUAUUGGUGGUCACAACAUGACAGUGGUUGAGAUAGAUGCAGUUUAUACCAAGCCUUUCAGCACAGAGGCCAUACUAAUCGCACCAGGCCAGACCACAAACGUUCUAGUUCAAGCCAACCAAGUUCCAGGAAGAUAUUUCAUGGCUGCUAGGCCUUUCAUGGACGCACCAAUUCCCGUAGACAACAAAACUGCCACGGCUAUACUGCAAUACAAAGGCAUCCCAAACACCCUUCUCCCAGCUCUUCCUCAUUUGCCUGCACCAAACGACACAGCAUUCGCAUUGAAUUAUACCCACAAGCUUAGAAGCCUAAACACUCGAGAGUUCCCCGCCAAUGUCCCCCUGAAUGUCGAUCGGCAUCUUUUCUAUACGAUUGGUUUGGGUGUAAACCCGUGCUCCACUUGCGUGAAUGGAACAGAACUCACUGCUUCCUUGAACAACAUCACUUUCGUAAUGCCCCAAAUUGGGCUUCUUCAAGCUCAUUAUUUCAACAUCAAGGGAGUAUUUAGGACAGAUUUCCCCGAUCGUCCUCCCACUCCUUUCAAUUAUACUGGUGCUCCACUUACUGCCAACCUUAGAACUUCCUCGGGUACCAGGCUUAGUAGGAUUGCCUACAACUCUUCUGUGGAAUUAGUGCUUCAAGACACCAAUCUUCUCAGUGUAGAGUCCCAUCCCUUUCACCUUCAUGGUUACAAUUUCUUUGUUGUUGGAACUGGAAUUGGGAACUUCGAUCCUACAAAAGACCCGGCCAGUUUUAACUUGGUAGAUCCGCCAGAGAGGAAUACAGUCGGGGUUCCCACCGGAGGUUGGACUGCUAUUCGAUUCAAGGCCGAUAACCCAGGUGUGUGGUUCAUGCACUGUCAUUUGGAGCUCCACACUAGUUGGGGUUUGAAGACGGCUUUCGUCGUAGAGGAUGGACCAGGGUCUGACCAAUCCAUUCUACCUCCACCCAAGGAUCUGCCCCCGUGCUAGCUAGCUAGCUGUCAAAUAUUGUUAAUUUAGUAAUAACAAGGCUUUAUUGUAUCCAUCAUCUCCGGCAGAAGUUGCAGAGAGAUUCAUGGAUGAUGAUCAGUGAAAUUGGAGAAAACAAGUUUAAAAAGGGGUGCGAGUCUGUUUAAUUUGUUUAUUGUUUUGAGUGUCACUCUCGUGUAAUAAAUUCCACCAUCGAAGAUGGAUUCUUGUGU